AUGCAUCGCUCCGGCUCCUUUUCAUCCAACCCGUCCCUGUCACACCCCAGGCUAGCCCGCCUGGCCAACACCGACGACCUUUUUGCGGUCGACGACCGUGUGGCCAGGAAACCGAAACACGACCCACAGGGGCCCUUUUACUUCCCCAACGGCGAGGUUUUUCGCCCCAGAAACGCCCCCCUGCGCCGCCAUAGACCUCCCAAGAUCCACCCUGAAACCCAUGGUCCUCCACCGCCUCAUGGCCCCCAACCGCCUGCGCAGCCUGUUUACCAGCCGUCGCAUCAACCUGCUUACCAGGGCCACCAAGGCUACGGUCAGCCUGCUCACGGCCCGCUGCAGCUUCCGGUGAACACCUGCGGAUUGUCCAAUUUCAGCGUUCCAGGCAGCCCUAGCGUAGGACCAGGAGGGUUCCCCAACGCUGGCUUCGCUCGCCAGGCUCCAAGAUCAAACUCGCUAGCAUCAAACUCCUCCGCCAAAUCGGUCACCUCCACGGCAACUUCCACGGCGGCUUCAGCGUACAUGACACGCCUGCACUCGUUCCACAACUUGAAGGCCAAAACCCGCUCGGACUUGACCCAGCUGCUUCGCAACGCUAGAGUCGAUACCAAUAUCAACAUUGCUAGCCUAGCUCCGCUGGCCAAUCCUCCUCCCCAGGCUUCCCGCUCCUUGACCCCGGCGUACCCUUAUACGGUGCCUGUGGUCCACUCUCGCUCCCACCUGCUUUCCAACAACAAGUACCCGGAAAACUCAUCCAACAUUGUCAAAUCCGAACUGUCCUUGUACCUGGACCGCGGCCGCCACAGCGCUCUGUCCGACUCGAAAAACUCCAGCUUGUCCAGCUACAACCUCAACCGCUCCAGCUCCACGACGCCACAAACCCUGGUCACGUCCGAGCAGCAAGAAAGAGAUGCUAGCGAGGAUUACAAAGACAAGGAGAGAGAAUUUAAAGAUGAGACACCGCUCCCCACAUGCCUGUCGCUAGAAUCGAUAAGCGAGGGUGCCACGAAAACGUCGACGUACAUAGCGGACUCGUGCCGGAACCCAGAAGCGUCUCUGGAGUCGUCUCUGGUUCAUUCUUCCACGUCUUUUGCCAGUGCUGAAGACGGAGAUGAAGCAUCUGACAAAGGACAAUCGAGUGUGCAUGAGGCGCAUUCUGCCAACGGAUUCUCAGCCCCAAACUCACCGACAGCUCAGACCAACACUUCUUUUCCCACAGACGCAAAAGAGUCCACCCCUGAGACCCAGCAAUCUGAGUUCAUGUCUGAAACCAAGGCGGUUGACCCAGCUCUGCCCGUAUCGACCCACUCUGCCGCGGAUCGAACCGUGUUUACCAGCGACAAGGAGUCCGCCAAAAAUGCCUCUCCUACAACGUCUCCAGAAGGCUCUCCCAAAGAUUUCCCCAAAGUGUCCUACAAGCCAUACAAAUCGAUGCUACUAGACGACCAAAACGCGUCGGAAUCGCCGGAUUCGUCUGGUCUAAAACACCAGCCGUCUGUUCAAGACCUGGCGGUCACAAUCUCCCAAAACACCAACACUUCGAACGAAACAUUGGCCAAGACGCGACCAAAACCUGCCAAUAUUGAUACUAAGAGAGCGCAGAAUUUAGACGAGGAGGUAUUCACGCCGUGCAGCGAGUAUAGCUUUGCUGCAGGCGAGGAAAAACUCAUAUGCAAGCAAGAUCUCCAAGACCAAGAGGAUGAGCAUUUUAUGGACGCCUACACUGACGAAACGAAACCUAGUAUUAAGCGAGAUGCCAGUAUUAGCAACAUUCUUGACGCCUACUCGGAGGAGCCAGUGCAUGAAAGCGUAUCCAAAUCGGAUUCGCACGAUGCGCAGGACCCGCAGGAGCCUCAGGAACCACUCCAGGAGAGCAUCCAGGCGAGCGUUCCCGAAACGGUAAUUGAGAAACAAGAGGAGGCCAACGCUCCCCACUGUUCUGAGAAACCCCAGCCGACGCAACCGGCUGAACAUUCUGUUUUGACACCCGAACCUGUGCCUGAAAAAUCUCUCCCUGAGGCUUCGUCCAAUGAUGACACUUUGUAUCAUGAGUCGCCCGAAAUAGACGCUUCUGCCCUGGAAAGCGACACUGAUACAUGCAAGGACCAGAACUCACACAUGGGUCAUCAAGUUGUUGAUGAGCAUAAAGAUGAGCCUGUCGUCGAUACUGAAGAUGUUCUGGAGCUGACCCCUAUCAAGCCAGUCUUGGCCGAAGAAGCUUCUGAGCCCGAGCAAGAUGCACCCGAUGUCACUGAACCAGUCAGGGAUGUUACUGAGCCUGUCAAGGAUACUGAGCCUGUCAAGGAUACUGAAGCUGUCAAGGAUGUCACUGAAGCUGUCAAGGAUGUCACUGAACCUGUCAAGGAUGUCACUGAACCUGUCAAGGAUGUCACUGAACCAGUCAAGGAUGUCACUGAACCAGUCAAGGAUGUCACUGAACCAGUCAAGGAUGGCGAAGAAACAGUAAUAGACGCACCAAAAGCUGAAGAGGAGCCUGUCACCGCCCCUCAAGAGUCGACGUCGGAGGAAGGUGAAAAUCUUGAGGUCAGCAGGCUGCCUGAGGAUGGUCAUCUGGAGGCCACUGCACCUAUAGCAGAGGUCACCAAGAAACCACCUCCUUCAGCUUUAGGUGACUCACCCCUUAGAAAGCUCGUUGCCAAGGAGCUGGAAAACAGGACUGAGAAGUCAGACAAUUCCUUGAUUAAGAAUCGCCUUUCCAUGCUCAAUGUCGUUAACGUCGAUUUCGAUAAAUCCUUGCCAACCACUCCUGACAAUAUGAAAUUCACCGUCAACAUGCCUGACAGCGUGUCGCCCAAGAAGCUGAUUUCUCCACAAAAGCCUCCCAUGCAACGCAACAACAGCAUGAGUAAGUCGUUCUCCAUCAAUAAUUUCAAAAAGGUUUUUGGCCGUUUUGGAAAUGACAGUUCUGUGAAGGACUCUUCUGAGCUGAUACUGUCAAGGAAAGAGUCGUUUGGAAGCAAGCUUCUAAAGAAGAAGACGUCAUUCUCGUCUGAAAGCGAGCCAUACUCCCAUGCUAAUCUGUCAUUUUCAUCACUCUCCACGCAGAAGAAAGGGAAGCGGAAGUUUUUCAAAACUCUCAAGUUCAUCCCUGGCAACAAUGUCAAGGAGGAGAUAACUUCGCCAGUCUACAGUGUGAGAUCUAAGGUUCCAUCACCCACUCUUGAAACCUUCUCCGAGGAAACCGCCCCUGUCAAUCUUUAUAGACUUCCAGACUUCGAAACAGAGGAUGAUGGAUUCCUGGACUUAUUGUUGAAAUUUGAUGAGGUGGAGAAGAAAGCAGAGCUUGAAGACGAGCAAAUGAGGAACCAACCCAAGGCGAACGCCUUUUUUAUGAGAGACGAUGAAUUAACGAAGGCACAGAUCGCCGAUCAACAGAGGAAUGACAAUCAUAACUCAGAUGAAUCUCUUCCAGAGAAAUACGACGAAGCCAAUAAGGACAACGCAGAAGAGAAUGAGGAAAUUGAUUCUCAGCUGAAUAGCCCCGACAUACCCUGGUCCCCAGGAUAUGAUGACUAUGCAUCAGGCUUUAUCACCCCUGAAACUGACGACGGUCCCAAGAGGGUGCAAUCCUUGAAGCUCAACAAAACUCAAUUGCAAGACAUGUUGGACAAGAAAGCUCACAGUAACCACUUCAUUAAACACGUCAGACAAAUGCAGGACAUGGAUCUGGUAGAGAUUAUUGUGGAAGCUUUCAACCCCAACGAGAAGAAGGAAGAUGAGCUUGAGGAGCCAAAGGAAAUGAAUUCCAUCUUAAAGGACUCGACAAUCAACAAUGGCCCAUCAUCGAAGGCGGUCAAGUUCUCAAGUAAGGUGUCCAUCAGCGAAACGUACCCUUCAUACGUAUACAGAAGGUACAACAAGUCUGUGACGCAGUACUAUCUUACUGAGACCGGUGAGGUGAACAAGAUCAAGAAUGAGUUGAAUGCCUACAAGUGUUACGAGAUGUUGGUACACGAGAAGUCGCAAAACAAUACCCAAUUCUUCUAUUAG